UGUGUCCAGGCAUCAAGACGUCGGGUGCACCAUGGUCCAUGCGGGAUAAAACACUGUGACUUACCAGUGUCUGAUAUCCAUCAUCCGAUUUUGAAAUCGCCUCCAAGCCGACAUGAACAGAAGAGUGUGCGGUUUUCCCACGCUCGCGACGUUAGCUUCCAUCUCUCUACGUAUACACUUAGACUAUAUAAACUCCAUAUACGCUCGCCCACCAUGAUGAAGGGUAUCGCCUCUCCCGCCGUCCGUCUUGGUCUGGCACGGUCAUUCGGAACCAGCACUCGUGCUUUGGCUGCCAAGCCUGGCACCGCUGAGGUCUCCUCGAUCCUCGAAAGCCGCAUCCUUGGAAGUGAGGGUGCUGAGGGAAACAUCCAGGAAACUGGUCGUGUGCUGUCUAUUGGUGACGGUAUUGCUCGUGUCUACGGUCUCCGCAAUGUCCAAGCCGAGGAGAUGGUGGAAUUUUCUUCGGGCCUGAAGGGUCAAGCCUUGAACUUGGAAGCCGACAACGUCGGUGUCGUCGUUUUCGGUAACGACCGUCUCAUCAAGGAGGGAGAUAUCGUAAAACGUACCGGCGCCAUUGUCGAUGUGCCCGUCGGUCGCGGUCUGCUUGGCCGUGUCGUUGAUGCUCUCGGAAACCCCAUCGAUGGCAAGGGCCCUCUUGUCGAUGUGAAGCGUCAACGUGUGCAAGUCAAGGCCCCCGGUAUCAUUCCCCGUGAAUCCGUCAAGCAGCCCAUGCAAACGGGUAUUAAGUGUAUCGACUCCAUGGUCCCUAUCGGGCGUGGUCAGCGUGAGUUGAUCAUUGGAGACCGUCAAACUGGAAAGACCGCCGUUGCCCUCGACACUAUCCUCAACCAGAAGAGGUGGAACUCGGGAAGCGACGAGGCCAAGAAGUUGUACUGUGUGUACGUUGCUGUUGGACAGAAGCGUUCCACUGUUGCGCAGUUCGUUCAGACUCUUGAGGAGAACGACGCUCUCAAAUACUCCAUCAUUGUUGCCGCCACCGCUUCCGACGCUGCCCCCCUCCAGUUCUUGGCCCCCUACUCUGGAGCUGCCAUGGGAGAGUACUUCCGUGACAACGGAAUGCACUCCCUCAUCAUCUACGACGAUUUGUCAAAGCAGGCCGUUGCCUACCGUCAAAUGUCACUGCUGUUGCGUCGUCCUCCAGGUCGUGAGGCCUACCCUGGUGACGUUUUCUACCUCCACUCUCGUCUCCUCGAGCGUGCCGCCAAGAUGAACAAAACUCAAGGAGGUGGUUCCAUGACGGCGCUGCCCGUCAUCGAGACACAAGGAGGAGAUGUGUCUGCUUACAUUCCCACGAACGUCAUUUCCAUCACUGAUGGACAGAUCUUCUUGGAAGCCGAAUUGUUCUUCAAGGGUGUCCGCCCAGCCAUUAACGUCGGUCUGUCCGUGUCCCGUGUCGGUUCCGCCGCCCAAGUCAAGGCCAUGAAACAAGUCGCCGGUUCCCUGAAACUCUUCCUCGCGCAAUACCGUGAAGUCGCGGCGUUCGCCCAGUUCGGAUCCGACCUCGACGCCUCAACCCAGUUCCUCCUGAACCGUGGUGCGCGCCUCACCGAGCUGCUGAAGCAAAAGCAGUACACCCCUCUGUCCGUGGAGCACAUGGUCGUCAUCAUUUACGCGGGAGUCAACGGAUUUCUCGACAAAAUCCCCGUCGACAAGGUGACUGCGUUCGAGGCCGCCGUCAUCCCAUACGUGCAGGCCAAUGCACCGCAAAUCUUUGAGAACAUCAAGAAGGAGAAUGCGAUUUCGCCGGAGACUGAUGCGAAGAUUAAGGAGACCCUGGGGGCUUUCGUCAAGGACUUUUAGAUUGAAUGAGGUUGCGGGGGAAACGAACAACGGCUCCCUCCAUUUCAUUAGUCGAACUUUAGAAAACAAAACCCUUUGAUCACCCCCUACACACUUCCACUCCCCGCCUCUUGCUUCUUAUGUACCAUGAUACCUGCAACAGACCCAUUUUUCAUCAUAGUUGUGGGCGAAGCUUUAGCUUUCUGUUGUUCAUGGGGGUCUGCUCGUGUUUCGGUCGGCGAGGUUCUCGGUUUUGUGAGACUGUGACCCUGGAUCUGCGCGGAGAAACG